CAGCAAUAUUUUUUUCGAUUUUUUUUCGUUGAACCAAAAAGAAAAGUGCAAGCGCAGUGCGGCGUGCUAAUUUUGUAUUGCGUGCAAAAUUGUUGCAAAAAGGAGUUCAUAGCGCACACAUAGCUCUUGAAUCAUCGACUAAACGCAUAAAUCAGUGCAAAUAUUAAUAAAUAGCGACCAAGAAGCUAAACAAAUACCAGUCAAGCACCAGCAACAGCAGCAGCUACAACAAAACAAAAAAAAUCCAAAACAGCAAAAAUGUCUGAUCGCAAAGCUGUCAUUAAGAAUGCUGAUAUGAGCGAGGAGAUGCAGCAGGAUGCUGUGGAUUGUGCGACACAAGCAUUGGAGAAAUACAACAUUGAAAAGGAUAUUGCAGCCUACAUCAAGAAGGAGUUUGACAAAAAAUACAACCCAACAUGGCAUUGCAUUGUGGGUCGCAACUUCGGCUCGUAUGUCACACACGAGACACGCCACUUUAUUUAUUUCUAUUUGGGCCAGGUGGCCAUUUUAUUGUUUAAGAGCGGUUAAAGUAUUGUCGAGUCGGAUGAAGUGGUGGUAAGGAGGU